AUGGAUACACGGGGUCAAACUAGAGACAAUGAAAAUUGUCCAAUAGAAAUUGGUAUGGGCAUGGAAAUUGGUCAAGACCAAAUUGACGAUAUUGAGGAUUUACAGUCGCCACCAAAUUCCCCUGGCUUAGUUCUACCGGUAAUGGUACCAACUACUAAUGAAAAAAUUGACUUCUUUGCAUUGGAUGGGACAUUGCACAAAGAACAAGAGAAUGAAAAUUCGAAAAAUGAAGAUCCAAAUCCGAAGCUUCCUGUUACACCUGUUGCACAAAACAAGUCCAAGGAGAGCUUAGACCUGAGCAUCUUCAGGUCGUCAGACUCCUAUUUCUCAAGAUCUAGGAGUCAUUCGUCGAAGCCUACGCCAAGAUUGAGAAGAACCAGUGACGUGUCAAAUAGAUCAGAAGGUUAUGAAAGUUAUGCAUCAGGUGCAAGUUAUGAUUCUGGUUCUGUUUUCAGUGAAAGUGAUACAGACAUCACUGCAUCUCCUACUCUUAAAUAUUCCAAAAAGUUAAGGAACCAAAGACUAGAUAAUGGAAUGAACAUUGGAGAACUUCAAAAUGGAAAAUCGGUUGAGGAUGGAAUAGUUUAUAAAACUAAAUCGAGCGGUUUUUCUUCGGAUACAGGUUCCCAAUAUACUCCCGUUUCCAGACACAGGUCACGAAGCGGUUCACGUAGUGAUUCAAGAGAUAGAGGAGGAAUGAGGUCAGAAUCCAAAGAUAAGAAAAAUGAUGACACUACUUCCCAAAUAUUUAAAAACUUACUUAUAUUAGAAGAGAGUUUGAGACAACAGUACAUUGAACAGCAAAAUUUGAGACUCAAAUAUAGCAUAUUUGUGGUUAUAUUGGUGGUGGUGUUUUCACUUUCUACAUACCAUGGCAUUUUCAACUCUAUCUACGUUCAACACGAAAACACCACUAAUUGGCCUACUGGCUUUGGGACAAAUGACGGUGAUACCUCUGUAAGUGUGCUUCCAACCCCAAGUCCGUGUGACGCUAGUUUUGUAUGCGUAGGGUUUCCAAAGUUCCCAACACAACUAAAUGGAGAGGAAGAAGGCAACCACGGGCUAGGUUCAACAACUACAAUUUGUAAUACCAAGCUGGACAGUACCAGCAUCAGCCCUAUGGACAACGAGGAAUCCUCGGAAGGAUAUGUUCUAAUCAAUAUCGUUUAUCGAGUCGUAUCAAUCAUUACUGGAAUGACCCUUUUGUUGUUUUACUUAACAGGUGAAUACACACACAAAAUAUCAAGACCACGUAAAUUUUUUGUCACAGCUAACAAGGGAAUAAGACAACUAAACGUUCGAUUAGUGAAAGUCAAAGUUCCAUUCAAGGAACGGGUGCUAAACUACCUGAGGUUGCGUGUCAAGAAAAACCCUAGGAAAGGAGUCGACCACAUCCGCCUUGUUCUAAAUCCAAGGGUGUUCUCCACAGCCAAUAGAGAACAAUGGGAGCUGUAUAGAAACCAGUUCUGGAAUUUGGAGAAAAGAAAACAUACAUCGAUUUCAUAA